UUCAACCUGUUUUUGCAGUUUUUUGUUUAUUUUAUCGUGGUUAUUUAGUAAAAGUGUAGAUAUUAGGGACAAAUUUUAGCUUGGUACAAUAUGUACCAUAUAAGAAUGGUCCCGCUACGCUUAGGCAGUCGAAUUGUGACUAAACUAAUGAGAAGGAGCUUGUGUGAGACUAGAGCGAGGUAUAGUGCUGUGGACACUCCACCUGACGUGAAGGUGAAGGCUAGUGUAAUCCCUAAAGGUAUAUUCGGCCAGCCGACCUGCCACACGCACCCUCACCUGAUAGCUGAAGGCCACCUCACUUGCGGCAUCACCCCGCACGAGUUUAAGGAGAGGAGAGACAGACUUGUGGAGAAACUGACUUCUGUUCCCAACCAUGCCCACAAAACACAUGUUAUAGUAAUACCGGCUGCCAGAAAACAGUUCAUGUCAGACAAAAUACCCUAUGUUUUUCGACAAAACUCUGACUUCUUCUACCUCACAGGCUGCAUGGAGCCUGCAGCUGUUCUAGUCAUGGUGAAAUAUGAACCAGACAGCUUUUACAAGACUACAUUAUUUGUACACGAGAAGGACAGUCAUGCUGAGCUCUGGGAAGGUCCUCGGACGGGUUGCUCGGCCGCCGCGCGAUUGUUCUCAGUUGACGAGGCCCGGCCUGUUGAAAACUUCAGUAGUUUCCUACACAGGUUAACAGCAACAUCAAAGCCAGCAGUAGUGUGGUAUCAAAAUGAGGAACCACCUAACCCCGACCUGCAUGACACAAUACAGUUCUCCCUGAAGCAAGCUCACAUAUCAUUGGACGACCCUCAGUUAGCAUUACAUCAGAUGAGGGUCAUUAAGUCGCCAGCGGAGAUUCAGCUGUUGAAAGAGGCCUGCUACAUCGGCUCACAGUCAGUCAACUUGGCUAUGGCCUGCACAAAACCUGGUACAUCGGAACACGCGAUAUCAUCGGUCCUGGAAUACGCGGCGCGGUGCGGCGGCGCGCAGCACGCGGCGUUCCCGCCCGUCGUCGCCGGCGGCACGCGCGCCACGCACAUACACUACGUCGCCAACGAUCAGAUACUGAACGAUGGGGAUAUGCUGUUGGUUGAUUCAGGCUGCCAGCGCUGGCUGUACAACUCGGACAUCUCGCGCACGUGGCCGGUGUCGGGGACGUUCUCCAAGCACCACCGCAUACUGUAUGAACUCGUGCUCAGCGUGCAGAAGCGUCUAAUAGAGCUACUAAACGAGCAGCGGCCCGCGCUGGACACGCUGUUCGACCACAUGUGCCGGCUGCUCGGCACGCACCUGCAGCAGGAGGGCAUUUUCCCCAAGAACUUGGACAACCAGGAGCUCAUAGGAAAAGCGUACCGCGUUUGUCCUCACCACGUGUCCCACUACCUCGGUCUGGACGUGCACGACGCGCCGCUCGUGCGCCGCCGCACGCCCAUCGCCUCGGGCAUGCUCGUCACCGUCGAGCCGGGUAUCUACAUAAGACCGGACGAUGAGUCUAUUCCCCCGGAGUUCCGUGGUGUAGGAAUCAGGGUGGAAGACGAUGUGCUGAUCACCGACAAGGGUGUGGAGGUGCUGACGGAGAGCUGCGUCAAAGAGGUGCGCGAUAUCGAGGCGAUUGUAGGGACGCAGGCCACGUAGUGACAUAGAGGCUAGAGCAGGGUAGAGAAACAAUUUACGUCUAAGCAAUAUGUGGCAACUGGCAAAGCUAUACGUCAUGACUCCACUUACACCUUAAUAUUAUGUUUAACACAUAAAGUUAAUAUACCUAGCGGAA